UCUUCCAGGAUUGGCCAAGUGGGACCGUUUUUCAUUGGUCUGGCCAUGAUCCCGAGCUCGCCUAAGACCUGUUCCACUGGGGUGAAUCAAAGGGUCAACCCGUUGCACAACUCAAGACAAGAGCAACCCAUUGAGUUGACGACCCCAAUUACCAACCAACGGCGCCGAAACCUCCUGGCCAAGGCAUUCAAGGCCAAACAGGAACCCAGUGAAGACGCUGAAGAUCAGGAAGCUCCUUCCACCGAAUUUCUGAAGAGGAGGCCGUCCUACCGCAGUAUCUUCAAUGACCUCGGUGGUUCCAUGAAUAUGAUCUCUGAGGACAAGGGAGAGGCCAUUUCGGGGAGCGAUUCCAGUGCUAGUGACGAUCACAACGCCACCAGAGUCUCCUCAUCCACACCUUCAACCAAUCUCUCCUUGGUUAGCUCGAUCUACCAAACAACCUCACAAGUUUUAUCGAAUUCCCCGUCGUCGAGUCACCCGACUUUGAGUUCUUCUGAGUCACUCCACGCGUUCCCCUCCAUGACCGCCAACCAUCUAGGGGGCGUGUCACAUCACGGAGGAAUGCGCUCGCCAUCCUCAGGCGGCACCAAUGCUCACGUUCUACAAUACGCCCAUCAAGAUGGAAGCUCGUUUGUGUUGCCCUCGGGCUUGUCCAAUCCGGGUCUCCACGGGGUCUCCCAUCAUAAUGGAGGCCAUUCACCCACCAUGCUUUCCCCCCAUUCCCUCAGUGGCAUUCACGGAGGCCAUGGAGGACUUCAUGGGGACAAUCAAGAUACAACUAGCAAAAGGGAAAUGAGACUCCAGAAAAACAGGGAAGCUGCCCGGGAAUGUCGGCGGAAGAAGAAAGAAUAUAUCAAAUGUCUGGAGAAUCGAGUGGCGGUUCUGGAAAAUCAGAACAAGGCCCUCAUUGAGGAGCUCAAAUCACUCAAAGAGUUAUACACUGGAACAAAACAGUGAUCACAAUUGGCGUUUAGACACUCCCAAGAUACCAUGAUGAUGACAGUGUGCCAAGAAAUUAAUCUAGUCCCUGGUAUGUGAGGAGAUUGAUGCAAUCAUUCAUCACUUUGCUGCGAGGAGUCAAGAUGUUAUUGCAUAUUAUAUACCUCAAACCAUCCACCUCUCCCCAACGUACAAAAGCGUACACCUAUCAAACAAGCAAGCAUCCAUACACCUACAUACACAGACACCAUUUCCGAGACAACCUUCCUUCUGUCCACUCCGUUCAUACCAUAUUGAUGUGUAAGACCAUUAUAUUUAUUGGCUGUGAUACCUGGCGUCGUCUACUUUUCCAAGUGUGUGGUCCUUUCUUAUCCUAUCCUCAUGAAAUCGUACCGUAAAAAAAACCCGGACCCCUGUAACGCUAACCAGGUCACACGUUGAUGGGUGCAUUCAGGGUUCACUUGUUGUCAUCUUGACGGCCAACCUCAAACAUUUCAACCACAACAAACAAGCCUCUCAUUGUGAUGAAUCGAUUGGUGCACCUAAGAUGUUUCGAGUACUUCAUUUCUUCAUGUUGUUACUUUUUUCUGUGAUUUUCUCCAACCCUCUUCCCUCGUUAUAAGGUCGCAUUCAGGAUUGUGAUCACUAAAGCCGCUUGACCCUUCCGAAAUCUAUAUUCUUGCUUUUAUUUACAUAUCUCCAUCGUUUAAGUGUCACCACUCUCAAAGAUUUGCGGACAAAAAGAUCCCAUCGCCACCACGUCUUGAACUGAUUCUGAAGUAUUUUCCCCGAUUAAAUGUACUUUUGAAAAAGG